AUGGCGGACGCGAACCGGUGGCGGGGGGCAGCGCACGUGGUGUCGCAAGCCUUCGCGCAAGCUGUCGGUGUUCCCGAAGAAGUCCUCAGGUCGAUCAACCUCGCCAUCGCCAAGCUCGAGGCGCGAGCCGGGUUGCUGCGCGCGAUCCGCGACGGCGCCACCCUCGAGGAGGCGACCGCAGGCUACGUCGAGCCGGGUCCCGACGGGGUCCUCCCCGCCGCGCUCCUCGAGGACGCCCGGCGCGGCAUCAAGCGCCGCCGCUCGCUCCACAGCUUGGCCCGCGGCCUGCCCCUCUGCGCCCGUGCACUGGGCCGGGCACCCGACGCGGAGACGAUCCAGAGAUGGGAGAUCUGCAACGUCGCCGUGCUCACCUACGCCCGCCGCGCGCAGAUGGGGCUCCGCAACGCCGCGUCCUUCUACAUGGCGGCCGGGGACGCCAUCGUCUUGGCCUCGGUGCUUCCGUUCGGAGCCCCGCUCCGCGUCGCCUGGAUGGGGGCGGCCGAGCGGCUCACGAGGCUUGCCGCCAGGGAGGCCACCAUGGCGCGCGACAACAUGUUCAUGAUGGGGCUAGCCGUUGGUCAGCAGGCCUGGCUCGCCAUGGCCAUGAUGGGGCUUGCGCCAGGCGCGCUCGGCGGAGGAGUCAACAACCAAGUCCAUCACCAGUAAGCCUCUGUUGCCAUUCCUUCCUGCAUUCCUGCGCCCCGGAGAGAGAUUUUUCGCAAGCGCUUCUGUACGGUCUCGGUGUGUGGGGCUCGAAACUCUUGAUGAGUUGGUGGGUCAGAUAAACACGUCCCCGCUUCUUCUAGUACUAUACGUAUGUACAUUGGUUGUUAAUAGUUGUAUAGAUUAGGUGAUUUGUGCUCUAGAAUGUCUGGCGUUCACCUGAUGCAAUCCGGUCUGUCCGCCGUCAGAUUCUCUGGCUGACCAAUGCAAUGCGAACGUGAACAUGUGUACUUUGAAACUGUUGCUGCUCGGUUUCUUGUUGAAUCUCGAAUGUGGG